AGGCUUAGACCUGAAUGUUUCCCUUUGUUGCAGCGACGCAAUGGAUCAAAAGCGACUAGCGACAAUUCCUGCAACCGACAGUGUAGACUCCGAUGAAGAUGCGCUUGAAGCAAAGUCUGACCUGCCCUUCUUCAUCAGAUAUCCGCGCUUAACAAAUCUGUUUCUUUUCUCAACAUAUUUGGCCAUUGGAGUCGUCUACUUUGUCUUUGCGUUGGAUGCACAGCCCAGCACGGCCUUCUACGCGUGUGUGGAAAUUCUAACCACGAUUGGCUACGGAGACCUUCCUUUCAAAGACGUGAACGUUUUCGUGACAAUCUACGUAUUGCUUGGGCUUGGUAUCAUUGCAAAUAUCAUGAGUGACAUAUUCACUGAGGUGUUGGAAUUUGGAGAAGAUCAACUCAGCAAGUCCUUCUACCGAGCACGCCAUUUGUUGCAAGCAGAUUCCGACUCAGACCAACCAAUUCCAAUCCGAAGGUGCGCAAGAUGGUCAAAUUUCCUGCAGCAGCUGACCAUGUAUGGUGCUUGCGUGGUGAUUUGGGCUGUUUUCUUUGCAUUGACCGAGUCAUGCACUUGUUCCUACGGAAGAACAGCAAUAGAAGGAUGUGUGGAAGAUGGAUGUUCCACAACUGGCGGAUCGACAAUGUCAAUGGGCGAAGCUUUCUACUUUGCAGCAGCCACAGACCAGCGUUCGAGGGCCGUGAUCACUUUUACGACGGUUGGCUUCGGAGACUUCGCUCCAAAAACAAUUGUUGGCAGAAUCUUCGGUGCUUUCAUGAUGAUUCUCGGUGUUUUGGCCUUCGCCAGUCUGGUGGGAAGCUUAGCAGCCGUCAUUGAUGACUUCAAGUCAUCAUACUCGCAGAAGCUCCGUGUCUCACCUGCUGUGUUUCAACGCUUCAUUGACCAAAGUGGAGAUGGAAGUAUUAGCAAAGCAGAGUUUCGCUCAUACAUGCUCAUUCGACAGGGCAAGGUAUCCGAGGAAUUACUUCAGUCGAUUGAUGCGCUCUUCGACAGUAUUGAUCGGGAUGGCAAUGGCACCCUCUCAUACGAUGAAAUUUAUGAUGCAGAGUGUAGGGCAAAGCUUAUAGAGUCUUGAGUUUUCUGCGUGCUCCCUGGAGGUGCACUGUAUAGUAUGCUAUUCAAUGUAGCAGCAGGCCAAUGUUGUGUAUGGCCUAUAGUAGGCGUUAGGCCCGCCAGCUACUGGUGCAGCCAGCAAAAA